UCCCCUUUCCUCCCUCCCCACCACACUAUCACUUAUUGCAACAGUUCAGUUUUGCUGUUAUCCAUGAGACACAAAUCUUGUCUUGUCCAUCACUGUUAACCAAAGCUGUUUUCGCAAAGGAUAACCCGGAAAAAAAUACCACAACAACGAUAUUAAGCAGAAUCCGAAGGAUUAACAAACAUCCAAAAUGGCUGAAAUGAAUGGUGAGGCACCACCACCGAAGACUGAGUUGGAGGAGAUCCAGCAGAAAUCUCAUCAGACUACCGAUGAUUCGCUGGAGUCAACACGGAGGAUGUUGACGAUGUGUGAAGAGAGUAAAGAAGCUGGUAUUCGAACCCUUGUCAUGCUCGACGAACAGGGAGAGCAGUUGGAUCGUAUAGAGGAAGGUCUUGAUCAGAUCAACCAGGACAUGCGAGACGCUGAGAAAAAUCUCGAAGGAAUGGAGAAAUGCUGUGGUCUAUGCGUGCUGCCUUGGAAAAAGGGCAAGUCGUUUGAGAAGAGUGGGGAUUAUGCAAACACCUGGAAAAAGGAUGAUGACGGCCCUACCAACACGAACGGACCAAGAAUGGUGGUUGGUGAUCAAAACGGCAUGGGUGGACCGAGCUCUGGAUACGUGACUCGCAUCACCGGUGAUGCGAGGGAAGAGGAGAUGGAGACCAACAUCAAAGAGGUCAGUGGCAUGAUUGGAAAUUUGAGGAACAUGGCCAUUGACAUGGGCAACGAGAUUGGGGGUCAAAACAGGCAGGUGGAUCGAAUCCAGCAGAAGGCCGAGUCGAACGAAACUCGCAUCGACGAGGCUAACAAGCGGGCAACCAAACUCCUCAAAGAUGCGUAAAGCUGUGGAGGAGGCGAUGAAGAUAUUGAAGAAAAAGCAAAAAAAACGAAACAAAACAAAGCAUAAAAAUAAAAUGAAAAUUAAAAAAAAAAAAAAUAUAGAAAACAAAAGCAAAAUAUUCCACAUUCAACUACAUCGACAAUAACAUCAGCAACAAACACUUAUUAAUUUGUUCUAGUCUAUGCUACUGUGAAUAAAACUUUGAAUGUGAUCCGAACUGAGGCAAAUUACACACGCAUACAUACAUACAUACAUACAUACAUACAUACACACACAUGCUCACUCACUCUCAUAUAUGCAUACAUACAUACACUCCAACAUACAUACAGAUAUAUAUAUAUAUAUAUAUAUAUAUAUAUACAUAUAUGUGUGUACUUACAUAUGCUUGCAUAGAUGCAUAUCCAGUUCCACUGCAUUUAAAAUUGCACCACAUCUGCAUACAUCACAUCAUACCCAAGCGCAUACAUAACAGCACAACACACACACACACAAUCACACACAUACAUUCCUGAAUGCUUAAACACACACAUGUCACAAUCACACCAUCUGUGCACACUCACUAACAUCAGUUUCCAGUAUUUUCUUUUCAUCUUUUUUUUUUCUUCCUCUAAUGAAACAUUCCGAAGGUUAGAAAAAAAAAAAAAAUAAUG